AUGGCAUCCUCGCUCCCCAACAGUCCUUUCGCAAAACAAGCAUGUCUACCAUGCUUCAACAACGAUGAUCAAGCACCAAAAGACAAGAACACUCCACAUCACUUCCAAAUGCCGAGGAAGAAUACUAAUAACGAUUACAUCACCAUCAAGCCUGCAAUGAAACAAACCGAAGAGCUUCUCGCUUCAGAGAUGAGUCAAUUGUCGGUGGAAGAGCGGUCGAAGGCAAUGGAUGACCUACACUGUGUAGGAGAAGAAAUCCAAGAGACGCCUGAAAUGAUUCAGAAAUCGCUUGCGGAGUUUCAAGAGGCAGUAAAGAAGGAACGAAAUCCAAUAUAUGAGAUGGCCUUCAAUCAGAACAGAGCAUACGUGGAGGAUCCUACGUUUCGUCUGAGGUUCUUGAGAGCCAAGCUGUACAAUGUUCGUGAAGCAGUUCGGAAGAUGAUGCUCCUUCUCGAGUGCAAAGCGAAAUUCUUCGGUCAUGACAAGGUUGCUCGUGAUAUAACAUUGGAUGAUCUGAGUGAGGAGGACAAGCAGCUGAUGCUAUCGGGACUAUACCACAUCCAAGAUGGGAGAGAUCAAAAUGGGAGACUCAUCCUACAUUUCUUCGGCAAAAUGCUUAGUCGAUGUAGAGCUGACAACCUGAUUCGCAUCGGCCACUACAUUAUGUACAAUAUUAUGUCAUCCCUCCCGGAUGUACAAAGGAAGGGAAUCGUGGUAGUCUACAACGAUAGUACACUACCCGAGGAAACCUUUACGCUGCCUGGAUUCAGCUUCUUCAAAGAAAUCCAAACAACCUAUGACUCUGAACCAGUUCGAUUCUCUGGAAUCCACUACUGUGUACAGGCCAAAUCACAUCAUCUUGCGUUGAACAACGUUCUUGUUAGUCUAUUUCUUAAGGGAACGCCCCAAGAUGGGCGUGCGAGAAGUCGAAUACAUUAUGGGUCCAUCAUGGAGCUUCGGUACCAGCUCCAAAGCUUUGGUAUCCCCUUGUCCACUAUACCGUUUGGAGAACAAGGGAGCAUUCGUAAUGACAUUUUGAACGUCUGGUUCGACAGGCAUCUCAGAGAGACCAAUCAAAGCAUUCGCUUCCACCACUCCGAGGCCGCUCAGGGCUGGUCUCAAGACAUGGAGAUAGGAAGUGAACGUUUAAACCACCAGCAUAGGCACUAUGAGAAGAAUGAAAAUGAUGCAAAAGAGGCUUUAGUGGCGGAACCUUGGCAGAAUACUGCCCAAACGAAUCGUGUGUCAAAGUUAGUCAAACCAACCGAGAUGGAUGUUUUGUUUGGAAAAGGGUAUCGGCUACAGUUGCAUCCUGGCAAUGUCCGUUUUCGAGAGUUCUUACAGCAGCAUCGAGGCGAAUAUGAAAGUACUCCACGACAGAACAGACGAGAUAUUGCAAUCAAACUCACCCAAAUGCUUCGGAACAGUGGUGUUCGAUUUCUUCAGAAAGCGGGAUCUGACGAAUGGGUGGAGAGCGACAGUGAACAUGCAGAGACAAAGAUUGCUCAGUUCUUUCGAGAGCUGCGAAAGAAAAGGUCAAAAUUAGCGACUACAUAA